AUGGCACCAAGACGCGGGGGUGGUAGUGGCGUUGGAUAUAUGACUUCAACAUGUUCGGGAGCUUUCACGUCACCACUUGCCCAAGCCAGCCUCGCAUACGAUGUGGUAUUCCUUGUCCUUUUCCUGGGGCUCUCCAUCGCGACAUUCUUCGUUCGCAGGAAGAGCGAGGGCGGAAAGAAAUUGAUCGGCGUACCCUUCGUUGUAGCACUUUUCUUCCAAGUUCUCUCGCGCCUUUUGGUUCUCAUAGGCGAGCUCAUGUAUGAGUGCAGUGACCUGAGCGUCGACGACUAUCUGAAUUUAUCAGUAGCGUCCAACGUCAUGUCCCGCCUGGCUAAUUGGAUGCUGCUCGUCAUUUUCGUCUACAUCCUAAACUCUAUGCUGCUUAAGCAACUCGAAACUACAUCUUCCGGAUCUAAGACCGUGUCUUGGAUCAUCAUUGGGGUCAUGGCCGCUGUCAUGAUCGCGGACUUGGCACUUUCCAGCUACGUCUCGAUAAGCAGCAAGUACUGGAACUUCGACUUUGCUCUCACGAUGGUCACUGCACGAGCCUUCUCCCUCACAGUCGAUAUCUUAUGGUUGAUUAGCGUCAUCAUCUCUGCGGCCAUUUCGCUGUCGAAUGUCUCUGCAUUGAGAUCACGACGCCUACCCGGAGGCGACCUCAUCGGCUGGGUAACGGCUCUUUAUAUCACCUUAUUCGUCUACUCCGUAUUAGGGAUCGUAUUCUCAUCCUUCUACUUCUGGCCUUAUGAAUCUUCUGUUUCGAAUGAGGCAAUGAUUGCCCUGUCGUUCAUCUCGGCACUGUCACAAAUCCUGACUUUUGUGACUCUGAUGUGCAUCGCCAAACACAUCUCCUGGAGCCAGACGAUCGAGAAGACCGAGCCAGUAUAUGUGCCUGUUAUGCAGCAGCAAGCGACGUACGCCUAUGGCAAUGGCCAGCAGGAUUACUACCAGCAAACCCCCGAACUCGUACAUGUUAGAUGAGAAGAUGAUGGACGAAGGGGCACAAGUGCUGUGCCGCUGAUGUAUUUUCUUUCUACACCACGAUAUUGUUCCACCAUAUACCCAAAAUCUAGCUCCGGAACGUAAUGUCUACACCCUUUGUGUCUUUUACUUCCAGAACCACUCUUCAACCAUUCUGCACGAUUUCCAAUUAUCCAACCCAAGGGACGCGACAUGCGUUCUAUAAAUCGCCAGAAAAAAAUUGCAAAAGUGUUAAUUAUCCUCUACUAAGAGGAGCUCGUCUUGCUAGAUCGGCCGAGGUGGGGCCAGUAUCAGUGUUGCUCGGUGGAGUGCAUCCUCGAGAAUCAAGACCAGCAAGCACACAUAAUGAGAGCAUCUACACUAUUGCCUACGUAGUGACGCUUGGCCUCAUCGUACUUGAAGCAUGCGGU